CGAGGCGCGGCGGCCAUGGCCAGCCACGUGGACCUGCUGACCGAGCUGCAGCUGCUGGAGAAGGUGCCCACGCUCGAGCGGCUGCGCGCCGCCCAGAAGCGCCGGGCGCAGCAGCUGAAGAAAUGGGCGCAGUACGAGCAGGAGCUGCAGCACCGCAAGCGCAAGCACGAGCGGAAGCGCAGCGCGGGCGGCCGGCGCAAGAAGGUGGCCUUCGAGGCCAGCGUGGCGCUGCUGGAGGCCUCGCUGAGGAACGACGUCGAGGAAGUACGCUACUUCCUGAAGAAUAAGGUCAGCCCCGAUUUGUGCAACGAGGAUGGACUCACAGCCCUGCACCAGUGCUGCAUUGACAACUUUGAGGAAAUCGUGAAGCUGCUCCUGUCCCAUGGUGCCAAUGUGAAUGCUAAGGACAAUGAGCUGUGGACGCCCCUGCACGCUGCGGCCACCUGCGGCCACAUCAACCUGGUGAAGAUCCUCGUCCAGUACGGGGCGGACCUGCUCGCAGUCAACUCGGACGGGAACAUGCCAUACGACCUCUGCGAGGAUGAGCCCACCCUGGAUGUCAUCGAGACUUGCAUGGCUUACCAGGGCAUCACCCAAGAGAAAAUCAACGAGAUGCGAUCAGCCCCCGAGCAGCAGAUGAUUGGGGACAUCCACUGCAUGAUCGCGGCUGGCCAGGACCUUGACUGGAUAGAUGGCCAGGGUGCCACACUGCUGCACAUAGCUGGGGCGAACGGAUACCUGCGGGCAGCGGAGCUCUUGCUGGACCAUGGUGUGCGGGUGGAUGUGAAGGACUGGGACGGCUGGGAGCCCCUGCACGCAGCUGCCUUCUGGGGACAGAUGCAAAUGGCCGAGCUCUUGGUGUCCCACGGGGCCAGUCUCAGUGCUCGAACAUCCAUGGAUGAGAUGCCCAUAGACCUGUGUGAGGAGGAGGAGUUCAAGGUGCUUCUGCUGGAGCUGAAACACAAGCACGACGUGAUCAUGAAGUCCCAGCUGAGGCACAAGUCCUCCCUGAGCCGGAGGACGUCCAGCGCCGGCAGCCGCGGGAAGGUGGUGCGUCGAGCCAGCCUGUCGGACAGGACCAACCUGUACCGGAAGGAGUACGAGGGCGAGGCCAUUCUGUGGCAGCAGCGCAGUGUGGCUGAGGAUCAGCGGGCCUCGGCCUACAACGGGGACAUCAGGGAGACCAGGACGGACCAGGAGAACAAGGACCCUAACCCCAGGCUGGAGAAGCCGGUGCUGCUCUCCCAGUUCUCCACCAAGAUCCCCCGGGGGGAACUGGACAUGCCCGUGGAGAAUGGCCUCCGGGCUCCGGUCAGCGCCUACCAGUAUGCACUAUCCAACGGCGACGUCUGGAAGGUGCACGAGGUGCCGGACUACAGCUCGGCCUAUGGCAGCCCUGGCCUGGCCGAUGCCGCCCCGCCGUGGAGCGGCUACAAGGAGCAGAGCCCCCAGACGCUGCUGGAGCUGAAGCGGCAGCGGGCUGCAGCCAAGCUGCUCAACCACCCCUUCCUGAGCAGCCACCUGGGCGGCAGCAUGGCCAGGACGGGCGAGGGCAGCAACGAAGGCAAGGCCCCCUUGAUCGGGGGCAGAACUUCCCCGUACAGCAGCAAUGGGACCUCAGUGUACUACACAGUCACCAGCGGGGACCCCCCGCUCUUGAAGUUCAAGGCGCCCAUGGAGGAGAUGGAGGAGAAGGUCCACGGCUGCUGCCGCAUUUCCUAGUCCCUGAAGGCUGGAGGGUGGGCGGGGAGAGAUGGCUGGCCAGCCGAGCGCCCCUGGUGGUGGAUGGCUCCAAGCAGCUGCAGGGAGGUGGGCUUUGCUGUCCAGAGGAGUGCUGUCCUUACCUCUCACCCAGCUGCCCUGCCUGCCCCACCCCUCACCCCACCCCGCUUCCUGUUGCAUUGUCCCACUGGCCUCCCCUGCUGUCAGAUUUGGGGAGGGCGCGCUUGGGAUGUCAGUUCUGCACUUGGGAAAGACUUCUCUGGACCAGUGCCCGCAUGCCACACACAUCAACACUCACCCUCAGCUUGAGCAGGAGGCACAGCCCUGGGCUUAUGGGAAGCAGGUGGGGCUGAGUGAAACGGGAGGCUAGUCCCAAGAGUCCAGUCACCAUUGCCACCACGGUGAGAGCCAGGGAGGGAUCCCAAGACCCUGGCAGGCCGCUCGGGUGAGACCUGCAGCCCUGCUCACAGCAUCCCAUCACCGUCCACACCUGGCUAGGACCUCGAGUCCUCGUGUCUGGAGGGAGCCACAGGUGGAGGGGCUAGAGGAGGUGGGCGUGGCUCUGUUCCCCUUCCUUGCCCUGCUGAGAGCAGCCCUGUGCCCAGGCCAGGCACCAGCUGUGUGACCGACCACAGGUGGGAACGGCCGAGGUGGGAAGCGUGGCUCUCCCUUCCCUGAAGUGGCGAAGUCAGUGUCUGCUAAGAGCAGUUCCUUUGGGCUGCUGCCCUCCAGGGGGGGGUCCUGGGUUGACUUUCAGGGUCACAGUGCCAGUGGGUUGGUGUUGGGAAAAUGAAUCCGGGGAAGAGUUGGAGUCAGGAAGGUGUUUCCAGGGAGACGAGUGAGUUCACACUCUGAAUUUCAAACGACCUCUCCCGGUACCACAGCAGAGCCCGGAGCCCCAGCCGGCCCUUGUGAAUAUCCAGCCCACCUCACAAAAAGUUCAGAAUGACAUGUGGCUGGGCCCCCUCUGCUGCCCCCUUACACAUCCCUCACAUGUGCAGAGUGUGCACGCAGGACCCUGGGCCCAGCUUCACCUUGGCUGAGUCCUUGGCGAGGCCUGGCCCUGGUGAGUCCCAGCCUGGCUCCCCACAGUGGGGGUGCCCCAAGCUCCAGCCCACGAUGACCUUGUCAGACCUGGCACUGCAUUCAGUGCCUGAGCUGGAGACGGGUCUCAGGCCAGUUCAGCCCCACCCAGAUCCCCUGAUGCUGGGAAGGGAAGGCCUCUCUGUCACUGCCCUCUACCUCCACGGGGACUGGGGGGGAGGUGGGCUCAGUCAAUAGGUCCAGCCAACACCUCUUGGGGAAACUUCCACCCCGCAGGCCUGUCUCCUGCUGUGUGCGCCUUUUGUCCUAAAACUACCUCCUUCGAGCUCCAAAGGGCUCCCCCAGCUCCCAACGCUGGGGUAUGGGGAAUUAAUCUGGGUUCAUUUAAACCUUUUUUCUGAGCCUAUGAGGAGUUCUCCCUGGAGAGGCUGGAAAAGCCCAACUUGUGCCACACCCCAGUGUUGGGGGUCUGCUGUCCCAUGCCCCCAAAACCCAGAGAGGGAGCUGGGCCCUGAAGGACCGAGCUGCAACUGCACAGGAGCAUGGUGGUUGUGGUGCAGCGGUUCUGGGAGCGCUGUGCCCUGGGUGUUCUGGAUAGACUCAGUGAGGAUCAUAGCACCAGGACCCUGGGGCCUCGGCUGGUUUGGAUCCCACCCUAUCCUCCUGCCAACACCAGGCUACACCCCAUCUAGGAUCAGGGGAGGAUUGGAGACCCUGGGAGUGGGGGUGGGGGAGCAGGGGGCGGCUGACACCAACACACACACCAUAGGUUUUACUGCCAGACCUGGCUGCAAGGCAGGGGUGCAAGGGGAGCCUGGUGCUCCCCUGGUCAAAGUGAAUGGUGCCGGAUUUUCAGAUCUGUGCUCGGAUGCCUGGUGCACCGUGGGCAUUCAUGGCCUCCCUGAAUCCGCUGGCUAAGCCUCCUCCCUGCAUGUUUCCUGCCUUCCGGGCCAUUCUUAAACCCUGAAGGCUGGGAUACAAGCCCACGCCAUGAUAGAAGCAAACCUGAGACAGGUGCUGCUCCUGCACAUCUGUACACUGAGGGACUAGCGGG